AUGUCUUCCAAGCUCGACACCAGCCUCGAUGACAUCCUCAAGACCAGGCGCCAAACCAAGGGUCCGGGUCGCGGUCGCGGCGGUCGUCGCUCAGAUGCGGCUCGCCCAGCUCCCUCCGGUCCCGUAGGUGGCGUUGGCAAGUCGACCAGGCCUGCCAAACAGCCGAAAGCCGCGCCUGCCGCCGCUGUCAUUCCAGAGACAAACGGCAAGAUACUCGUGAGCGGUCUCGUAAGCACUCCCACCAACACGCACGACCUGCAACUUGCUAACUCUCUUCAGCCUCACGAUGUCGACCAGAACCAGCUCCAGUGUUGGGCAAGCACGACUGGCAUAAGACUAGCAAUACGCAAACAUUCCGGAGUGUCGCAACGACGAAAGUACCAGAAUGAUGUUUCAGCAUUGCGCUCGUUCCCGACCGCGUACAUGGCACCGCCCAAGUGGCACAAGAAAGGCAUAGCACAAGCGAGCCAACAGGACAUCUCGAGAGCUGCACAAACAAGAUCAAGUGGGCGUGGGCAAAGCACUCUCAGAUUCUUGAUUCGGCUCGCAGCACACGAGCUCAACAGACACCUGUUGCGUUGA